AAAAGAGCUCCUCCGUCGAAAUUUACCAACCAGACCUCGUCGUCUCUCUGUUUCAAACACAACACCAACCUUCCCCAUUUUCUUCCAGAUUUCAACCAAACCCUAGCCAUGGUGGUUACACUCUUUUCCGUUUAAGGUACACCGAGAAAAGGAAACAGAGGAACGUUCAUUUUCUUUCACCGGCGAGCGUCACAUGGCUGAUUCGCCGCCGUUUGUUCUGGCAUCGCCUAGGGUUUUCACAUUUUUGGUUCUUCAAUCUCGUAUCUCUCCUGGACCUACCUGAAACGCAGAUAAUCGGAAUUGGAAUAAAUUUCAUCAACCAUGGCUGCCGGAAAGGGAGGGUUGUUUGAGAAGAUACGGAGAUUUAUACGGACACUACAUUUUUUGGUUGUUAUGGUGGCGUCGUUAUUGAUUCUGUGGCUUCCGAUUUUGGUCGCGAUUGGUGAUAUAUUGGUUCCUUGUGUUUUAAUUUCGAGCUUUACGUGCGUUAAAUGCUACAGUUUCAAGGAACAUCUGCAGAGAUACGAUUUCAGAAGUUCAUUGACCGACGUUCCGGUGGUUUCAGCCAUCAGAUCUCUCAUAAUCUCCGGUGUUUAUCUGAUGUAUGAUAGUCCUGUGCUCUCACAUGGGCAAUAUCUUGGAACAGUCACUUUGUGCUCCAUUUUUUCAAUUCUCGUUUUAUCAGUUAAAGCAUGUGUUUUCACUGUAAAUUCCCAGCUUGAGGCUGAAGCUUCAUCUUCUCUUUCAACACAAAGGCUUCAUCUGAAGAAGUCAUGGGGGAUGCAUGUGCUGUUCCUUUCAUCUGUGGUUUUUGCUCUUGGGCAUACUGUUAUUGCUUAUAGAACAAGUUGCAGAGCACGGAGGAAGCUUAUGUUUAACCGAAUUAAUCCUGAAUCAGUUUUUUUGAACCAAAUUCUAUCUUCAAUUGGCUACGCUAAAGUCCCGCGAUCUCCGACUCCUACUUCUGACCGGGCACAGAAAAGUGAUGAUGAAAUUAGACGAAAACCUUUGCGCCUAGGUCACAAUCAUGGGGAACUUCCUGUUAGAUUACUAACCGAUGUCGACAGUUUAUUCAUGCCCUGGCAUGGUCUCACCAUUCACUACAAACUUACCAUGCCGAGUCCACCUUCUCGUACGCUAUCCUCUACAACCCUUCUCGAGAAUCCAUCUUUAAGCGAUAUACCAAAGACCCAACAUCAUCUUCGUAGGAGCUUUAGCAUUCAAAUUCAAGACUCAUCUCUCUACGCUCCAUUACUGGAUGGCAACAGUUCUCCUAUAUUUUCUGAAGAAAUGCCGGUUUUUAGUAUAGAUGAAGGAACUAACGAGUAUCCGACGAGUAAAGUAGUUUCUCCGUCACCCCAAGUUUCUGAAGUAAAUGGACGGUUUGGGAUUGUUUUAGUGCAUGGUUUUGGAGGGGGAGUCUUCUCAUGGAGGCAUAUAAUGGCUGUGCUGUCUCGACAGGUUAAUUGUAUUGUUGCUGCUUUCGAUCGUCCUGGUUGGGGAUUGACGUCCAGACCAAGGCGAGAGGAGUGGGAAGCAAAUAAACUGCCGAAUCCUUACAUGCUUGAUACCCAGGUUGACAUGCUUAUUUCUUUCUGUAAAGAGAUGGGACUUUCUUCUGUGGUGCUUGUUGGUCAUGAUGAUGGAGGCCUGCUUGCAUUAAAGGCCGCACGAAGAGUCCUCUCAUCACCAAACGCUGUCGAUGUUGAAAUUAAAGGGGUAGUAUUGCUCACAGUAAGCUUGUCAAGAGAAGUGGUUCCUGGGUUGGCUAGAAUACUCAUGCGUACCUCUCUCGGAAAGAAGCACUUGGUUCAUUCUCUACUCCGAACAGAAAUUUGUCAAGUUGUUAAUCGCAGGGCAUGGUACGACGCUACCAAGCUAACAACGGAUGUGUUAAGCCUCUACAAGGCACCUCUAUGCGUAGAAGGUUGGGAUGAUGCGUUAUAUGAGAUUGGUAAAUUAUCGUCUGAUACGGUUCUUUCGGAACAGAAUGCAUCCUUAUUGGUGCAAGAAGUGGAAGACACCCCAGUUAUGGUUAUUGCAGGAGCUGAAGAUGCCCUUGUUCCUCUAAAAUCUGUUCAAAACAUGGCAUCCAAAUUUGUAAAUUCUACACUAGUUGCAAUAUCUGGUUGUGGGCAUUUGCCUCAUGAGGAGUGUCCCAAGGUAUUGCUUGCAGCAAUGCUACCCUUCAUCAGCAAACUGUUAAAGUAAGGCAGAUUCAUGAAAUUUUGUAGGGGUUUUGAUUUUUUAGGGGCUGGUAUAUUGUGUGUGUGGGUUUCCUCUUUCUUAUCCAACUCAAUUCACCUAAUGAGAAAGAAGAGACCUAACCUCUCUCUCUCUCACUCUCUCUCUCUCUCUGUCUUGUUAUUUAUUGUAAGCUAGUUUAAACUCAUGCCCUGAUUCACAAGUUUCAGAGGCGUUAGGGCAGGUUUAUUCA